AUGCCAGAAGCCAACCAGCCGUCUGCCGGCGGUACUGAGCGUCUUGACAUACCUCACAACAAUGUCUCGUCGCAGUCGGUCGCAAUUCGCGAAAGCUCGCUCGAGUCGUCGCAAUCUUCGCAAUCAUCGCUGGGGAACGAUUGGUCCUCUGCGCAUCAGUCCGAACCACCGCGAGAAACUGGAUUGUACAGAGCCGGAGCCUUGGCGAAUCGUUCAGAGAACCGAAUAACCCCGCAAUUCGCGAGCGUAAAAAACGUCGGUAUUCCAUCUGCUGCGGUUACAGGCAUUACGUCUGAUGGCCUAAUCAACGGCGAGCAGUCAUAUACUGGCGCAUCUUCCUCGUCGAACAGCAGUGAGGAGAAGAGCCUUGCCGAGGCGGCAACAGCAGUGGCAGGGACGAGCGAAGCAGCGACGAUCCCGACAGCGGCUGGUGAUGCGGCAGCAGUAGUGAGGGACGCGAUUGGGGAGAUGGAAGAGGGGAGUGUGGGUGGCGUACCGGGCGGGGAAGGCGUGGGGGUUCAGUUGCAGCAGGCGCAGGCGCAGUUGCAAGCGCAGCUUCAGGAGCAGCUGCAGGCAUUGGAGAACCUGAUGUCGCUGCUCGGCCUAGGCGUCGCUUCUGCUGCGAAUUCGCGGAGACCUGCGGAGCCGGGGGAAGAGUGGGGGGAUAGCGGAAGCGGAACGGCGGAUUGGGUCGGCGGACGAGAGGAGCGCGCGCGUCGGAAAAGAGAGAAGCUGGCCAUGGCGCGUGCAGCGAGCAGGCUAAAGAGCAUAAGUGUUGCGAAUAUGGACAAUAAUACGAGGAGCAUCGGAUUUGGCAGCAGCGGCAGCAGUAGCGCCAUGGGUGACAGUGACGGGAGCGACAGUAGCAGGGACAAAAAUACGGCAUUAGGGUUCACUGGCACAGGGAGUCAGCCGGUGUCGACUCGACCCUUCGAGAAUCGAAGUAAGCAGUACCAAGACGAUCCUGCCAGUCAGCAAUCUUCCCCCCUCGCUUCUCCCGCGGCCUCGAGCGUUACUUCGUCCACCCCUUCCCCGUUCGCCUCCCCCUCGGGCGCGGAAGCAGAGGGCGCGGAGCGGAAGGUUCUAGAGCGCGCAGUGGUGGAGAUGGCGUUGCUGCAGGAGGUGUCGCGCGGCGGGAUCGAGGGCUCGACUCUGGAGGAAGAGUGGGGGGAGCUGCGCCAGGCAGAGUGGCUCAAGGCCGUGGCGCCCCAGCCUGCCGUUGUGGAGAAGGAACCCUGGUGGAUGCUGUUUGGCCCAGCAGCCAGUGCAGCGGGCACAGUGUUUGGAAUGGCAGGGCUGGGCUUCGCAGCCAAGACAGCCGCAGCGGCGCCAGUGGCCGUGGCAGUGGUGCCGCAGAUGGACGCCCUCUGGCGCUCCUUUGGAGGCGCUAGCCUGGUGGCGCUGUACUGGCGCACGCUGGUGUUUGGCAAGACGUUUCGCAGCAUAGAGUGGGACCUGGAGGCAUACGAUGCGCCCAACGGCAACAUGAAGUCCAUCACCAUCCGUGUGCCCUCCCUCAAUGCAGUGCGCACCAAGAUAGCACUGGCGAAUGGCCUUGCGGGCGCCAGUGAGGUGGAGCAGCUGGCGCUGUGGAUCCCCAACUCUGGGGACUUUGUGGAGCCCCUGCGCCUGGCCAAGGACCUGGCGCUGAUCCCGGACUUUGGCUUUGUCAUCUGGUCGCGCACACCUGCCUCCCUGCACUGCCUGCCCUCCCGCGCUGCCAAGACCAUGCCCUCACCCACUGCUGCAGCAGGGUCAGCUGGCGCUUCUGGGGGUGGAAGUAGCAAGGCCACAGCGGCUGGUGCUGCCAUUGGAGGGAAGGCUGGUGGUAGCGACACCAAUCAGCUGCCAUUCACAGCAACCAUAAUGGAAGCUUCUGUCUCCCGCCUCUUGCCCUCCAGUAAAUCAGAGCAGGAUGGAGGACGAGGGGGAGAAGGGAUGGAGCUGGGAGAAACGAGGCAGGGAGGAACUGGAGAGGAAGUGAGGAGGGAGGAAGAACCACGAGUGCUGGCAAUGUCUGAAGACGAACAGGAUGAGUUGAUUGAGAGGGCAGCUCGUUCGUCUUCUUGUUUUGUCGCUCAAGACAUGGCGGCUAUAGAUCAGACCGAAACAGAGACGAACACAGCAGCGGCGGAGAAGACGGAGACAGGAGGAGCGGCGACGGAGAGCGAAGCGCUGGUGAAGCAUCCGCUCGAGCACCGCUGGACGCUCUGGUUCGACAACCCGCAGCAACGCGGGAAAAGCGGCGGCUCGUGGGGUAGCUCGCUCCGCGUGAUCUUCACGUUCGGGACCGUUGAGGACUUCUGGUGUUUAUACAACAACAUAGUGCAGCCGAGCAAGCUGAUGAACAAGGCGGACAUGCAUCUGUUCAAGGAGGGCAUUCAACCCAAGUGGGAGGACCCCAAGUGCGAGAAGGGCGGCUCCUGGACCAUCCCGUGCUCGCGGAGCAAGGAGUACCUCGAUAACAUGUGGCUGCACUUGAUGCUGGCGAUGAUAGGCGAGCAGAUUGACGAGGGCAACGACAUCUGUGGCGCCGUGGUGAGCAUCCGACCAAACAAGGACAGAGUGGCGCUCUGGACUAAAUCCGCUGCCAGCGAAUCCAUUCAGGCGGACCAGAAAGGGUCAAGUGCGAGGCCGACGACAGAGUCGAGCAAGAAGAAGCGAAGCCCGUCGCCCAAUGACAGGAAGCGGUCAGCGACGCCCGAGACGACGAUGCUGUACGUGGGCUGCCUCACGCGCAACGUCAACCAGGACCACCUGCGGGAAAUAUUCGGGCUGUACGGCGAGCUGAGCAAGGUGGAGAUUGCUAUGGACCGCGUCGUGAAUCUGCCCAAGGGCUACGGGUACGUGGAGUUUAAGAAGCGUGCCGAUGCGGAGAAGGCGCGCCUGCACAUGGAUGGGGCGCAAAUCGACGGCAGUGUGGUGAGCGCGCAGUUCGUGCUCGCGCCAAAGCCCCUCCCCCCCUCGCAGGCAGCGCAGUGCCUCUCCCCCUCGCCGCGUGAGAAGCCCUCCCAGACGCCGCUCCCCCAUCCCCUUCCGCGGCCGCAGGUACCGCCCUCUCCCUUCUCCCCAUCCUCCCCACCCCCCCCUCCCCACACUCCCCACCUUCCCUACCGUCCCCACCCCACGCACCCUUCUCACCCUUCCCUCCCUCCCACCUUUUCCACCCUCCCGCGCCACCGCCCAUCCCACCCUCUCCGCAACCUCCUCACAUUGCUCACCCACCUUCCACGCUUUACCCACCUUCCACGCUUUACCCACCUUCCACGCUUUACCCACCUUCCACGCUUUACCCACCUUCCACGCUUUACCCACCUUCCACGCUUUACCCACCUUCCACGCUUUACCCACCUUCCACGCUUCACCCACCUUCCACGCUUUACCCACCUUCCACGCUUUACCCACCUUGACUUACGAGCUAUAUUCUCGUCGCCCCAUUUCCAAAGCCUCACCAACCUCUCCCCCUACUAUGCCUCCUGCCAUCCAAUUCCUCCUCUUGCUUCCACUUCCGCACCUCCUUUCCGCUUCUCCACUUGUUCCCCGUUAUCCAUUCAUGCGCACUGUCACCCACUCAACCACACACUCACAUCCACGUCACUCCCUCAUCUGCUCCUCCCCUUUCCCCCUCUUCCCCCUCUUCUCCCUCUUCCCCCAUCCCAGAUGCUUUUGUUUGAGCUCAUCCCAUCCCUCUCCUCACUCCCCAUCCACUCUCCCGCUCUCUCGUCUGCUCACUCCCUGUCCCUCCCCUCAUCUUCUCCCUCCAGCCUAGCAUUUCACUCAUUCCUGUCCUUGUGCCUUACGCUCCUCUAUCCUCAAUCGCGUGACUCCCUCCGUGUCUUUGUGUCCCCCGUGCAGGCCGGAUCGCUCCCCUCCGCCCAAGAGGGCGCGGUCAGAGUCGCCCUCGUCCUCCUCCGCCACUUCCUCGUCCGACGGCGACCGGCGCCGGAGGUCGCCUCCUCGCAAGCGGGCAGCCAAGAGCAGCCCCAGCAGGUGAGCCGUGAGAGCUCUGGAGUGCAGCUGAAUAACGGAGGAGAAGCGAGAAUGAGUGGGGGAGAGGAAGAGAGGGAGUGA